GCGCAAUGCAGGAUGAUAGUUUUCCGUCUAGUAGUACUCCGUACUUACUAUCUUACUAUACUAGAUACUCGGUUUGAAACCCUCCUGCAUGGUUAUUGCAUCCCUCGUCUGGUCGGUGGCAUGCGCGGAACCGCCAACUCACCCAAACCCCCGACCGACCCCGUCAGAUCGACUCCAUCCAGCGCAUCCACCUCCGUCCCGCCCCCGUGGGGUCACUCAAUCCAUCCUUAAUCCUUUGCUUGGAUCCUGGCCCACCCGACCAGUUGGCCUGGCCUGGCCUGGCCUGCCUUGCCCAAUGCCAUCCAUCAUCCAGUAUCCAAUAUCCAAUCCCCAAUCCCCAAUAUCCAUUUGGACGGCACUGCUCAAUAAACGUUUGAUUUCUGAUUUAUUGAUAGACUUAACCAUCUAUCUAUCUGUCUGAAACGAAGCCAGUUGAAAGAAAUCCUCCUUCUGGGGUAUAGUAAUCAGGCGGAACGCAAUGCACGCAUGCAUGGAGGGCUAUGGCUAUGGCUAUGGCUAUGGCUUUGGCUUUGUGCCUGAGGGACGCCCGGGGCGGGGACAAAGCGGCG